AUGAACCCCAAGGCUGCUUCGAAGAAGCGCAAGGCCGUCACUCGUGAUGUGGAAGAGGAGGCUGGUGUCUUCUCUGGCGACGAGCUGACCAAGGAAAACCUGGACGGAGCUUUGUCGGACAACGCCAACGAACUUUCCGAGAGCGAAGACGAAAGUGACGACUCGGACUUCGAAGUUGUCGACGAUUUCAGCGAGUCGGAGGAUGGAGAAGAGGAAUUGGACAGCGAUGAGAUCCCCUCCGAUACCGAGGAGGAUAGAAAGCCCGCUCCUGGCGAACCCAACGUCCGCAUCGUGAAGGACGCCAAUGGAAAUGAGCGCUAUCUCUACGACGAAAUCCACCCGGACGACAACUCUGAAUACUCCGAAGCUGAUGAGAACGCCAACACCAUUGGUGACAUCCCGCUCAAGUUCUACGACGAGUAUCCCCACAUUGGUUACGACAUCAAUGGAAAGAAGAUCAUGCGUCCCGCCAAGGGUGAGGCCUUGGAUGCGCUUCUGGACAGCAUUGAGAUCCCCAAGGGCUGGACUGGUCUCACCGACCCCGCGACCGGAAAGCCUCUGGAGCUCAGCCAAGAGGAAUUGGAGCUGAUCCGCAAGGUGCAGAUGAACGAGGUCCCCUCUGAUGGCUAUGACCCAUACGAACCCCUUGUGGAGUGGUUCAGUAGCCAGAAGGAGAUCAUGCCCUUGAGCGCAGCUCCCGAACCUAAGCGCCGCUUCGUGCCCUCUAAGCACGAGCAGAAGCGUGUGAUGAAGCUCGUCAAGGCCAUCCGUGAGGGUCGUAUUCUUCCUUACAAGGCCCCCGAGGAGAAGGACGAGAAGGAGGAAGAGCUCAUCAACUACGACUUGUGGGCUGACGAGGUUGAGAGAGCGGAUCACGUUAUGCAUAUCCCAGCACCCAAGCUGCCACCUCCUGGCUACGAAGAGAGUUAUCACCCACCUGCCGAGUACUUGCCCGAUGCCAAAGAGCGUAAGGAAUGGGACCAGAUGGAUCCUGAGGACCGUGAGAAGGACUACCUUCCCAAUGACUUUGGCUCGCUGCGCAGAGUUCCCGGAUAUGAGAGCUUUGUUCAGGAGAAGUUCGAGCGUUGCUUGGAUCUGUACCUUGCUCCGCGUGUGCGCCGCAGCAAGCUGAACAUCGACCCCGAGAGCCUUCUGCCCAAGCUGCCCAGCCCCGAGGAGCUCAAGCCAUUCCCCACUGCCUGCGCAACAGUUUUCCGCGGUCACAAGGGCCGUGUGCGCUCUGUUGCCGUGGACCCCACAGGAAUCUGGCUGGCAACUGGAGGUGAUGACGGUACCGUCCGUGUCUGGGAACUUCUUACAGGUCGCCAGCUCUGGAGUGCCAAGCUGAGCGACGAGGAUGCCAUCAACGUGGUCCGCUGGCGGCCGGGCAAGGAUGCUGUCAUUCUCGCUGCCGCAUCAGGAGACGACAUCUUCCUCGCUGUGCCCCCCAUUGUCGACCCAGAGAUCGAGAAGGCCAGUCUGGAGAUCCUUGACGCAGGAUGGGGUUUCGCCGCCUCCAAACCCACCCCCAGCGCCUCAGAGGAAGGAAAGAAGAACAACGCUCCUCAAUGGAUCCGUCCUUCGUCCACUCUCCUGGACGCCGGUGUUUGUGCGGUCAUUCCCCUCAAAUACGUUCCCAAGUCAAUCUCGUGGCACCGUCGCGGCGACUACUUCGUCACAGUUUGCUCCGGCGCCUCGACCCCGGCCUCAGUAGCAAUCUCCAUCCACACCGUCUCCAAGCAUCUGACGCAAUUCCCCUUCCGCCGCCGCCUGAAGGGAGUCAAGAUUCUCCAGCCCGGUGCGCGCUGGAUCUCGUCCUUCGACAUCCACCCAACUUCAUCCAGCGCCUCAGGUGGUGAUAACAUCAUCGUCGGUUCCUACGACCGCCGUCUCCUCUGGCACGAUCUGGAUCUGUCCCAGCGGCCCUACAAGACUCUCCGCUACCACCGCAAGGCUAUUCGCGCUGUCAAGUUCCACCCCAGUGGUCGGUACCCGCUCUUCGCCGAUGCCUCCGACGAUGGAUCCCUGCAGAUCUUCCACGGCAGCGUUACCGGCGAUAUGCUCAGCAACGCUACCAUUGUUCCCCUCAAGGUUCUCAGAGGUCACAAGAUCACUGGAGAGCUGGGUGUUCUGGAUAUCGACUGGCAUCCUCGCGAGGCGUGGGUUGUCAGUGCUGGUGCCGAUGGAACGUGCCGCUUGUGGAUGUAA